AUGACUCUUCGCCUCUCCAAAUCCCUCGCCGCCCGCUACCCCUGGGUAACGCCGCCGUUCAUUGUCAGCGCCCCCAUGCGCAUCAUGUCCGGGCCCGCGCUGGCCGUCAACGUCUCCCGCGCCGGCGGCCUGGGAUUCAUCGGCCCCGGCGCCAAAACGCAAGACACACUCACCGACCUCCAAGAAGCGACUGCUCUUCUUAAAUCGAAAUCGAAAUCCCCAGGCAUCACUCUCCCCAACACCCCUCUCCCCAUCGGCGUCGGGUUCCAGCUCUGGAGCGACGAUCUCGACACCGCCGUGCAAGGCAUCCAGCUUCAUCAGCCCUGCGCCGCUUGGCUGUUUGCUCCGCGCACGAUGCAGGAUCUCUUCACGUGGAUCAAGCGCAUCCGGGACGCAAGCCCAUCGACCCAGAUCUGGGUGCAGAUCGGGACGGUGGGAGAAGCGCGCGAGAUCCUGAACCACCAUCACAAGAACAACAGCACGAGCAUUACCUCACCAGACGUGCUUGUCAUCCAAGGCGCCGAAUCAGGCGGACACGGCCGCGCCACCGACGGAAUGGGCCUGAUGACACUUCUCCCUGAGAUCGCGGAUCUCGUAUCCUCCUCCUCAGAUGCCAAAGCGAAACAAAUCCCCCUCUUCGCAGCCGGCGGGAUCACCGACGCACGCGGUGCCUCCGCAGCGCUCUGUCUCGGCGCAUCCGGCAUCGUGCUGGGGACACGAUUCCUCGCCUCCACGGAAGCGCGCAUCAGCAAGGGUUACCAGAACGAGAUCGUCCGGGCCGGCGACGCGGCGGUAUCGACGACGCGAACGCUCCUGUAUAACCAUCUUCGUGGGACGACGGGGUGGCCGAAGGAGUAUAGUCCGCGCGGGGUGGUGAAUCGGUCGUAUGUGGAGCAUUGCGAGGGGAGGGCGUUUGAGGAGUUGAAGAGGGAGCAUGAUGAGGCGUUGAAGAAGGGCGAUGAAGGGUGGGGACCGGAGGGGCGGUUGGCGACGUAUGCUGGGGCUGGGGUUGGGUUGAUCAAAGAGGUUCAGGAUGCGGGGAGGAUUGUGGAGGAGGUGAGGAAGGGGGUUUUGGGGAGGGUUAAGGGGGAGGAGAGGAGUAUGCUGUAG